UUGGCCCAUUAAAUUCCCUGGAAGUCUACUUCAGCUGGAGGGGGAGGACUUGCAGUCAUGGAGGGGGUGCAAUAAUGGCUAUCCUUCUCAGUGUCUGCCUAUCCCUGAUCAUAAGCAGCAAUCAGCAAUUAGAAUACGGAUCCCUAAUAUUUGGAGGACAGGGUCCUUAUUGCACAUCCUGGUUCCCAAAAGCUGCUUGCAAGCUGUUUCAGGAAUGCAUUCUAGGUUGUCUGCCCAUGGCUGGGGGCUAGGGAAUGGGGUAGCUGCUGCUCAGCUAAGGGCUGAAAUUGACUGAAAUUAACCCAAUUUACUGUCCCAGUCUUUCCUUGGAAGUUGCAAGCUUUCUUCAACAGUCCCCAGAAUUACAUCUGACUAAUUAUGCCAGUGUAAUUGUCUAGGUGGGGAGACUGAUCUUGGUGCUUCCUACUCUGCUGUUUUAGAAUCCAGAAUCCUCUCCCAGAAUUUCUUUCCUUUUUUUUUUUUUUAUGAGAUGGAGUUUCGCUCUUGUCGCCCAGGCUGGAGUGCAAUGGCGCGAUCUUAGCUCACCGCAACCUCCACCUCCCGGGUUCAAGCGAUUCUCCUGCCUCAGCCUCCUGAGUAGCUGGGAUACAGGCAUGCGCCACCAUGCCUGGCUAAUUUUGUAUUUUUAGUAGAGACAGACGGGGUUUCUCCAUGUUGGUCAGGCUGGUCUUGAACUCCUGACCUCAGGUGAUCCACCCGCCUCGGCCUACCAAAGUGCUGGGAUUGCAGGAGUGAGCCACCGUGCUCAGCCGGAUUUCUUUCCUUUUAAAGGCUGAAUAAUGUUCCAUUUAUUGUAUGUAUAUGCCAUAUUUUGUUUAUCCAUUCAUACUUUUUUUUUGGAGGGGACAGAGCCUCACUCUGUUGUCCAGGCUGGAGUGCAGUGGUGCGAUCUUGGCUCACCACAACCUCUGCCUCCCAAGCUCAAACGAUUCUCCUGCCUCAGCCUCCUGAGUAGCUGGGAUUACGGGUGUGCGCCACUACCGCCCGGCUAAUUUCUUUAUUUUUAGUAGAAACGGGGUUUCACCAUAUUGGCCAGGCUGGUCUCUAACUCCUGACCUCAAAUGAUUCACCUGCCUCAGCUUCGAAAACUGCUGGGAUUACAGGCGUGAGCCACCACGUCUGACCUAUCCAUUCAUAUGUUGAUGGACGUUUGGAUUAUUUCCAAGGGUCAAGCCAUCCUCCCACCUCAACCUUCUGAAUAGCUGGGACCACAGAGAUGACUGCUGUCCAUGCAGGCAACAUAAACUUCAAGUGGGAUCCUAAAAGUCUAGAGAUCAGGACUCUGGCAGUUGAGAGACUGUUGGAGCCUCUUGUUACACAGGUUACAACCCUUGUAAACACCAAUAGUAAAGGGCCCUCUAAUAAGAAGAGAGGUCGUUCUAAGAAGGCCCAUGUUUUGGCUGCAUCUGUUGAACAAGCAACUGAGAAUUUCUUGGAGAAGGGGGAUAAAAUUGCGAAGGAGAGCCAGUUUCUCAAGGAGGAGCUUGUGGCUGCUGUAGAAGAUGUUCGAAAACAAGGUGAUUUGAUGAAGACUGCUGCAGGAGAGUUCGCAGAUGAUCCCUGCUCUUCUGUGAAGCGAGGCAACAUGGUUCGGGCAGCUCGAGCUUUGCUCUCUGCUGUUACCCGGUUGCUGAUUUUGGCCGACAUGGCAGAUGUCUACAAAUUACUUGUUCAGCUGAAAGUUGUGGAAGAUGGUAUCUUGAAGUUGAGGAAUGCUGGCAAUGAACAAGACUUAGGAAUCCAGUAUAAAGCCCUAAAACCUGAAGUGGAUAAGCUGAACAUUAUGGCAGCCAAAAGACAACAGGAAUUGAAAGAUGUUGGCCAUCGUGAUCAGAUGGCUGCAGCUAGAGGAAUCCUGCAGAAGAACGUUCCAAUCCUCUAUACUGCAUCCCAGGCAUGCCUACAGCACCCUGAUGUUGCAGCCUAUAAGGCCAACAGGGACCUGAUAUACAAGCAGCUGCAGCAGGCGGUCACAGGCAUUUCCAGUGCAGCCCAGGCCACUGCCUCAGACGAUGCCUCCCAGCACCAGGGUGGAGGAGGAGGAGAACUGGCAUAUGCACUCAAUAACUUUGACAAACAAAUCAUUGUGGACCCCUUGAGCUUCAGCGAGGAGCGCUUUAGGCCUUCCCUGGAGGAGCGUCUGGAAAGCAUCAUUAGUGGGGCUGCCUUGAUGGCCGACUCGUCCUGCACGCGUGAUGACCGUCGUGAGCGAAUUGUGGCAGAGUGUAAUGCUGUCCGCCAGGCCCUGCAGGACCUGCUUUCGGAGUACAUGGGCAAUGCUGGACGUAAAGAAAGAAGUGAUGCACUCAAUUCUGCAAUAGAUAAAAUGACCAAGAAGACCAGGGACUUGCGUAGACAGCUCCGCAAAGCUGUCAUGGACCACGUUUCAGAUUCUUUCCUGGAAACCAAUGUUCCACUUUUGGUAUUGAUUGAAGCUGCAAAGAAUGGAAAUGAGAAAGAAGUUAAGGAAUAUGCCCAAGUUUUCCGUGAACAUGCCAACAAAUUGAUUGAGGUUGCCAACUUGGCCUGUUCCAUCUCAAAUAAUGAAGAAGGUGUAAAGCUUGUUCGAAUGUCUGCAAGCCAGUUAGAAGCCCUCUGUCCUCAGGUUAUUAAUGCUGCAUUGGCUUUAGCAGCAAAACCACAGAGUAAACUGGCCCAAGAGAACAUGGAUCUUUUUAAAGAACAAUGGGAAAAACAAGUCCGUGUUCUCACAGAUGCUGUCGAUGACAUUACUUCCAUUGAUGACUUCUUGGCUGUCUCAGAGAAUCACAUUUUGGAAGAUGUGAACAAAUGUGUCAUUGCUCUCCAAGAGAAGGAUGUGGAUGGCCUGGACCGCACAGCUGGUGCAAUUCGAGGCCGGGCAGCCCGGGUCAUUCACGUAGUCACCUCAGAGAUGGACAACUAUGAGCCAGGAGUCUACACAGAGAAGGUUCUGGAAGCCACUAAGCUGCUUUCCAACACAGUCAUGCCACGUUUUACUGAGCAAGUAGAAGCAGCCGUGGAAGCCCUCAGCUCGGACCCUGCCCAGCCCAUGGAUGAGAAUGAGUUUAUCGAUGCUUCCCGCCUGGUAUAUGAUGGCAUCCGGGACAUCAGGAAAGCAGUGCUGAUGAUAAGGACCCCUGAGGAGUUGGAUGACUCUGACUUUGAGACAGAAGAUUUUGAUGUCAGAAGCAGGACGAGCGUCCAGACAGAAGACGAUCAGCUGAUAGCUGGCCAGAGUGCCCGGGCGAUCAUGGCUCAGCUUCCCCAGGAGCAAAAAGCGAAGAUUGCGGAACAGGUGGCCAGCUUCCAGGAAGAAAAGAGCAAGCUGGAUGCUGAAGUGUCCAAAUGGGACGACAGUGGCAAUGACAUCAUUGUGCUGGCCAAGCAGAUGUGCAUGAUUAUGAUGGAGAUGACAGACUUUACCCGAGGUAAAGGACCACUCAAAAAUACAUCAGAUGUCAUCAGUGCUGCCAAGAAAAUUGCUGAAGCAGGAUCCAGGAUGGACAAGCUUGGCCGUACCAUUGCAGACCAUUGCCCUGACUCGGCUUGCAAGCAGGACCUGCUGGCCUACCUGCAACGCAUCGCCCUCUACUGCCACCAGCUCAACAUCUGCAGCAAGGUCAAGGCCGAGGUGCAGAAUCUCGGCGGGGAGCUCGUUGUCUCUGGGGUGGACAGCGCCAUGUCCCUGAUCCAGGCAGCCAAGAACCUGAUGAAUGCUGUGGUGCAGACAGUGAAGGCAUCGUACGUCGCCUCUACCAAAUACCAAAAGUCACAGGGUAUGGCUUCCCUCAACCUUCCUGCUGUGUCAUGGAAGAUGAAGGCACCAGAGAAAAAGCCUUUGGUGAAGAGAGAGAAACAGGAUGAGACACAGACCAAGAUUAAACGGGCAUCUCAGAAGAAGCACGUGAACCCGGUGCAGGCCCUCAGCGAGUUCAAAGCUAUGGACAGCAUCUAAGUCUGCCCAGGCCGGCCACCCCUACCCCUCGGGGCUCCUGAAGAUCAGUCACUGUUCAUCACUCAAAUGAAUUUGCUAAAUACAACACUGAUACUAGAUUCCACAGGGAAAUGGGCAGACCGAACCAGUCCAGGGGGUGAAUUUUCCAAGAACAUAGUUUAAGUUGAUUAAAAAUGCUUUUAGAAUGCAGGAGCCUACUUCUAGCUGUAUUUUUUAUAUGCUUAAAUAAAAAUAAAAAUUCAUAACCAAAGAGAAUCCCACAUUAGCUUGUUAGUAAUGCUCUGACCAAGCCGAGAUGCCCAUUCUCUUAGUGAUGGCGGCGUUAGGGUUUGAGAGAAGGGAAUUUGGCUCAACUUCAGUUGAGAGGGUGCAGUCCAGACAGCUUGACUGCUUUUAAAUGACCAAAGAUGACCUGUGGUAAGCAACCUGGGCAUCUUAGGAAGCAGUCCCUGGAGAAGGAAUGUUCCCAGAAAGGUCUCUGGAGGGACAAACUCAGUAAAACAUAAUGUAUCAUGAAGAAAACUGAUUACUCUCUCUAUGACAUGAAAUGAGAAUUUUAAUGCAUGGUUAUAAUUAAUUACUAAUGUACGCUGCUGCAGGACAUUAAUAAAGUUGCUUUUUUAGGCUACAGUGUCUUGAUGCCAUAAUCAGAACACACUUUUUUUCCUCUUUCUUCCAGCUUCAAAUGCAAAUUCAUCAUUGGGCUCACUUCUAAUAACUGCAGUGUUUCCCGCCUUGGGCUUGCAGCAGAAAAACCUGACAAAAUAGUGUUUGCUAAGGCAGUAAUUUAGACUUUACCUUAUUUGCGAUUACUGUAGUGAUUGAUUGAUUACUAUAACUACAAGGCAUAAUUUACUAUCAUCUUAUUUAAAUUUUAUGAAUUUGAAUGUUUUUUACACUAACUUUUCCCAAUAAAGUCCACUAUGAAACCACGACA